UUGAUCCGACCUUCACUGACCGACCACACUUCGAAGAUUUCGAAUCAUCGUGACUCAUGACGUCACGACUACAGCAGACGACACAUGGAUCGUGGAGCCGACAAAUGUAGAGAGGGAAAUCACGAAACAGUGGUGAAGGUUACACGUAUAGAGUCUUCUUUAUUCCAAGGUUAUUAAAACAGCAAAAUGUUGCUGAGAUUAUUCAAAACAUGUGAUAGAUCGGGCAUUAGUUUUCAAAUACGAUCACAACUUUCAUUCAGGAGUCCACCCCAAUUUAAUAUCAAAUCGUCAAACACUUCAUUUAUUAGGUCCUUCAGCAAUAAUGUUCAUCAGAAAAACAAUGUGAAGGUAAAUUUAUUGCAAUGCUCCUGGCUCACGAGAAGCACUGGUUUAUUUAGUACUGGAUUGUUGGGCUUCUUUGGAGCCUUGCCGACCAUUGCUUUUUGUGAAGCUCAACACAAAACUACAGGACGACUCACGGGCUUAAGACACACUAACACUGAAAAAUCAAAAUUUGACUGGCCCAAGUUUUGGACCAUGCUCAAGCCAGAUAUUUGGACAUUAGCAGCUGCAAUUGCUGCGGCCCUGGUUGUUGCUUUAAUUAAUAUUAAGAUUCCGCUAAUAUUGGGCGGACUAGUUAAUAUAAUUAGUAAGAUUUCCUCAGAAAGUGAGAAGUCAUUUUCUGAACAGAUUCUUAGUCCAGGUCUGCGUUUAGUAUCUUACUUUGUUGCCCAAUCAGUUUUUACAUUUGUAUAUAUAUCUCUCCUAUCUGGUGUUGGGGAAAGAGUUGCUUUUGAAAUGAAGAACCAAUUAUUUGCUUCUCUCAUGAGUCAAGAUCUCUCGUUUUUUGAUGAAGAAAGAACAGGGGAACUGAUGAACAGAUUGACAACUGAUGUCCAAAACUUCAAAAGUGCUUUCAAACAUUGUGUAUCUCAGGGUCUAAGAAGUGGCACUCAGAUAAUUGGAUGUGCCGGCGCUCUUAUUUCUGUAUCGCCUCAGAUGACGGGAAUGAUCAUGGUCCUGGUGCCAUCUGUGAUAAUAUUUGGAACUUACAUUGGCUCUCUUUUAAGGAAACUGUCAGCCAGAGCUUCAGCUCAGGUUGGGAGAAUAUCGACAGUUGCCGAGGAAGCUUUAAGCAAUAUUCGAACAGUGAGAGCUUUUGGUAUGGAAGACAAAGAGUGUGAACUACUAAGAGAAGAAUCCAAGAAAGCACAAGAGCUUAAUGAACAGCUUGGAUGGGGCAUAGGAUUAUUUCAGGCUGGCACAAAUUUAUUCUUAAAUGGUAUGGUUCUAACGACAUUAUGCAUGGGUGGAUAUCUAAUGUCUGUCAAUGAAAUGUCUGCUGGUGAUGUAAUGUCUUUUCUUGUUGCUGCUCAAACUGUGCAAAGAUCACUUGCUCAAGUUUCUCUUCUUUAUGGUGAGGUCUUAAAGGGCCUUGGGGCAGGGGCAUCAGUUUUUGAGUACAUCAACCGCAAACCUAAAGUGCCCCUAAUUGGCGGUGAGGUCAUUCCUUACCAUACUCUUCAACCUCAUGUCAAAUUUGAAGAUGUAACAUUUUCUUAUCCAACUAGACCAGAUCAGCAAAUAUUGAAGAACUUCAACCUUAGCAUUCCUGCUGGAAGUACUGUAGCAAUUGUUGGGUCAUCAGGCAAUGGAAAAUCAACAGUAGCAGCUCUAUUAGCAAGAAUGUAUGAAGCUGAUUCAGGAACAGUUACUUUAGGGGGACAUGACCUAUCUAAACUGGAUCCAACAUGGUUGAGAAGUCGAGUCAUUGGGUUCAUUAAUCAAGAACCAGUGUUAUUUGCCACAAGUAUAAAGGAAAACAUACGGUACUCCAAGCCAUCAGCCACUGAUGAGGAGGUUGUUGCUGUUGCUAAACUAGCACAAGCCGAUGAAUUUAUUCAGUCGUUCCCAGAGGGCUAUGAUACUGUUGUGGGUGAAAAGGGUGUUACUGUUUCUGGUGGGCAGAAGCAACGCAUAGCUAUUGCCCGAGCACUUCUGAAGAACCCGUCUAUUCUGAUAUUGGAUGAGGCAACCAGUGCCUUGGAUGCGCAGUCUGAGAAAACAGUACAGAAGGCCCUCGAAAUUGCUGCUAAGGGUCGUACUGUUCUUGUCAUUGCCCACCGUCUUAGCACUGUUAAAAAUGCCGAUCAAAUUGUUGUUCUUCAGAAGGGUGUCAUAGUGGAGAUGGGUACUCAUGAGGAGCUACAGAAAAAGAAAGGAUACUACUGGUCUCUUGUCCAACAUCAAGAAUUAAUGAACCGACAAGUGGGGUAGGGUGUUUACGACUAUGGAUUCAGAUGCUCUCUACUGACUAAGUAGAAAGAUGUUGAAGAAAUUGAAACCUUAUUAUUAUCAUUAAUGUUCCCUUACUGACAUAUUAAUGGACUGUUUGACAUAUCUAUUUUUGAGUUGAAUUAAGAUGUACGUCAACUCUUUUGCAUAACAAAUACUUGAGCUAAAUCAUCAAAGUCAUAUGUCCUCUUCAAAGCUGCAUCUGUGAGCCUGACGCCUGAAAUAAUCUGUCACCAAAAAAAAAAAAAAAAAAAAAAAAAAAAAAUGUAAUGAAAGAACAUAGCAGGUAAUGGAUAAUAAGCAAGGCGUGUUUAACUAUUUCACCUGGAGCCCUGCUGCAAGAGGAAUUAAGCAAAGGUUUAGUAAAGUAGAUGCCCCAGGUUCCAGUCUACUCAGUGGCCGACCAGAAACUCCACUCCACAUAAGGCCAGAAUUUGAAGUAGUUCCAUCUUCAAGCCAGAGUGUCAUAUCUAGCACACGGUCGCUAAGAAGGGAUAAUUUUUUUUAAUCAAGGUACAAGUUACUACUUAAUGAGUGUAUCAUUUUGUUAAUAUAAAUUACCAUGUAUUUAUUAUUUUGCAUGCAAAGGAAAAUGCCUCUUCUAGAAUAACUAUAUUUGGUACUUCUUGAACUGAGAGACGGAUAUCACGAUAAUCAGGUGCCUAGGAAUUAUAAACAAGAAUGAGUCGCAUAA